AUGAGCCUUGCUGAUUGUUCCACAGCUAGUUCUGAUCUUUCUGGAUCACAACAAUUCAUGACGAAAACUGCUCCCAGUGCAUUCUCAGCCGCUGCUUUAUCCGUCAAAGCUCAGAAGAAGCUUGCUUCUAAGUUAGCAAACCGAACUGUGACCAGACUUUUCAUCUCUGAUGCAACAAAUCGUCUUCUAGAUGAUCUGUCAGAUGUUUUGAAAGAAGUUUUCCCAAAAAAAGACGCAGAAAAGGUUGUGAAAAAUAUAAUCAAAUUAUCUGUGAAAAUUGGAAUUUUGGCUCAGAACAACAUUUUGAAUCAUGAUGAGAUCAAUCAAUUGUUUGUUGUCCAGAAAUAUCUGCAUUCCUUGGCCUUGGCAGUUAUUUCAUUCCAAAAAGUCGCCUAUUCAUAUGAGAGAUCUUAUUUUUUGCAAGCUAUGAGCAAUUUAAAGCAGUCCCUGGCCCCAUUGGUUGGUGUAAAUCUCUCUGAUAAGUCUAUGAAAAGGCUGGAUCAUGUUUUUGAUCAUUUAACGAAUAUGACAUUUUGUGAUGGUCUUUUCAAGGUGAAUGGACCAUAUGCUGGACAGUUGACUCGUAUUAUUAGCCAUUUGGAAUGUCUGCUCGACGAGAAGAGCUUGUAA